AUGGGUUUGACUAAUUGUUCAAGAGUGAAAGAAUUCAUCCUUCUUGGAUUCCCACACAUCUGGGGAACAAAUGUCACUUUGUUCGUAGUUAUCCUCCUGCUGUACCUGUUGUGCAUCACAGGUAAUGGCCUAAUCAUUGUCUUGGUGAAGCUGGAUCACCGGCUCCAGAAACCAAUGUACUUCUUCCUUUGCAACUUCUCUGUCAUUGAGAUUGGACACACCACAACGUUUAUCCCCAAGAUGUUGGUCAACUUUCUAUCAGCAAAGAGCACCAUUUGCUUCUAUUGCUGCAUGGCACAGUUGUUCUUCUAUUUCUUCUUUGGUGUUACUGAAUUUUUUAUUCUUGCUGUGAUGUCCUUUGAUAGGUACUUAGCCAUCUGCCAUCCACUGAGGUACAACACCAUCAUGACUUCCAGUGUCUGCCUUAAGCUAGCACUGGCUACCUGGCUUGGAGGCUUUCUCUCCAUCAUUUUCCAGAUGGCAAUGCUGCUGAGGCAUCCUUUCUGCGGCUCCAACAUUAUCCAUCAUUUCUAUUGUGACAUCGGAGCUGUGCUGAUGAUCUCAAGUGGAGACACACAUCUUAUUGAAGUUCUUGGCUUCCUGGUUACUGUGGCCGUGAUAUUGAGCUCUCUGCUUUUCACAAUUGUAUCUUACUUCUUCAUCAUCUCCACAAUUCUCCGCAUCCCUUCAACCAGUAGUCGGCAGAGGGCCUUCUCCACCUGUGCUUCUCAUCUGAUUGUGGUCAGCAUCUUAUAUGGGGCAGUCCUUUUCAUCUACUUAAGACCUAGCAUCAAGAGCUCCUCGUUCAGCAUAGUCAAAGCUGUGUCCGUAUUGAAUAUGAUAGUUGCCCCAGUGCUAAACCCUUUCAUAUACACGAUCCGGAACAACGAAGUCAAAGACGCUUUUCGGAAAGCGUUAGGAAGUCAGACAUUUACUUUUCCUAAACACGGAACAGUAUUCUGCACUGGAAAGAGAUGA